UGGAUCACAUUAGUAUUCCUGUCCUAUGAAUGUGCUGUGUUGCUAACCACGUCAGCCUGCCAGAUUCCCUGCGUCUCCUGUUUCCACCAAGGUUAGAUAUAUUCUCAAAAAAAGACCUUGGAGACGAGAUCGGGACUAUUCAGUAUAGUUGUAUUAUGUUUGGCCGUGCGCUUCACAUUUUACGUCGAAGGAAAUUGAAUUAACGCACCAAGGGUCCUUAAAUUGGUAAGAUUUCUAGCCUCCUGUUCUUCAUGGAAACUCGUAACUGUAAGAAAUGGUUACAUCUGACCAGCCUUGAAAGCGUUGAAGGAAAGGAACGGCAAUGUGUGUGGAUAUUUCAGCUGGAAUUAGGCUUCUGCUGAAGUGAAGGUGACUUGUCGAAGCGAUGCAGAAAGGAAUCGCAAGUGCUCACCCAGCACUCCUGCUAGUCAAAGGUUGCCCCCGAAAAGAGCUAUUUCCACAGUAGAGAUUUUGGAGCCAUUCGCUUGCUGCUUUAAACACGAAAGCAAACAAAAAAAUACACAUUUUUCAUAUCACUGUUGUGUAGGUUUGAUUAGUGGAUGUGUAUGCAUGAGUUCUGCACCGAAUGGGCGCAAAAACCGCCCCAGAUCUGCUGGAUCCAUUUUUCAAAUCAGCAAACCUCCCUACAGGGACCCGGAGCGCAGAGGAAGCGCAGAGAGCGCCCCAAAAAACCAGCGAGCACUGGAAGACUGCAGAAUGCUUGUCCAAGAGUUCAAUACCCUGGUGGCCCUGUACCGUGAACUGGUCAUUUCCAUUGGAGACGUCUCGGUUGAUUGUCCAUCUCUCCGUGCUGAAAUGCAUAAGACGCGAUCCAGAGGCUGCGAGAUGGCCCAUACCGCACAUCAAAAUCUAUCAGUUAUUUCGGGCCCAGAAGAUGACGAAAUCCACCCUGAAAUCUGCAGACUUUACAUACAGUUACAGUGCUGUCUAGAAAUGUACAUAACAGAAAUGCUGAAAUCUGCAUGUCUUUUAGGAUCUCUUCAACUUCAUCGAAAAGAAAAGGAAUCUUGUACAGUUCCCAAGCUUUUAGACUGUAAAGUGGAGGAGAGCUCUGAGAUCCCAAUAUUAGAAGACACUUCAUCCUCACCUGUAGAUUUCCAUCAGUAUUCCUGGCAGGUUUCCACUGAUAUUGAAAACACAGAAAGAGACAUGCGGGAAAUGAAAAACCUUCUAAGUAAACUCAGGGAGACUAUGCCUUUGCCAUUAAAAAAUCAAGAUGACAGUAGCCUCCUGAACCUGACUCCAUACCCCCUGGUAAGAAGGAGGAAAAGGCGAUUCUUUGGACUGUGUUGUCUUGUGUCGAGCUAGGAAACUAAACUCCAAAACAAACUGCAAAACAGCUACUAGGAUCUAUUUAGCCCAGCCAAUAUAUAAAUAUAUAUUCCUUCAACUGAUUACUGCCAUUUCUAAUCUUUCUUUUCUGUUGUGAAGGCUGCCCAUUUUCUAAUUUUAUUUUGUAAAAAAAAAUAUUGUUAAAAAAAUAAGAAGUUCAUAUUGAAACGAUAGUUAUAUAUAUUUAAUCGAAUUUUGAUUAAGAUGCUUUAUAAAAAGGUUUUUUUUUUCCAUUUUUUGUAAUUGGAGUGAUGUUAUUGCAUGUACAAAUGUGGAGUUUUCUUUUCCUCAGUCAUUCCAGAAGUAGUUGCAUUGCUGCUAAAGCAGAUUAAUACCUUAUAUAAUGUUAGGUCAGACCAAUAAAACUGAUGUAUGCUUCACAUUCAUCCCAGUCACACACAUUGAAAAAAAAAGGCUUCAAAAAGAUUAAACAGUUAACUAAU